UGCCGCUGCCGCCCCUGCGGGCCCUGGGCGCGUCUCCUUGGGCGGCGCUGCCCGCGGCGCGGCGUGUGCACCGAGCGAGUGAAGGUAUGUGUGGCGGGCGCGGCUGGAGCUGGCGCCGGCGCGCAGGCAGGUCCUAAUGCCUGUCACUUCCCAGGACAUUGGCAGCGGCAGCCCGGAGCCCCCGAGCCCUGGGCAGGUUUGCCUGUCCUUCCCGGCGAUCUGAUUGGAUAAAGUGGGGGCUCGACGGUGGCCGACGUGGGACAGUCUGGCUGUGGCAGGGGUCUCGGAAACCAUGGGUUAUUGCAGUGGCAGGUGCACGCUUAUCUUUAUCUGUGGCAUGCAACUGGUUUGUGUGCUGGAGAGGCAAAUAUUUGAUUUCCUUGGAUAUCAGUGGGCACCUAUCCUUGCAAAUUUUGUACAUAUUAUCAUCGUCAUCCUUGGUUUGUUUGGAACUAUUCAAUAUAGACCUCGUUACAUAACAGGAUAUGCUGUCUGGCUAGUCCUCUGGGUGACGUGGAAUGUGUUUGUUAUCUGCUUCUAUUUGGAGGCGGGGGAUCUCUCAAAGGAAACAGACCUUAUCCUGACAUUCAAUAUUUCAAUGCACCGAUCUUGGUGGAUGGAGAAUGGACCAGGAUGUAUGGUGACAUCUGUGACGCCUGCCCCAGACUGGGCCCCAGAAGACCAUCGAUACAUUACUGUCUCAGGGUGUUUUCUGGAGUACCAAUACAUAGAAGUGGCUCACAGUUCCCUCCAGAUCAUCCUCGCACUGGCGGGCUUCAUCUAUGCCUGUUACGUUGUGAAAUGUAUAACUGAAGAAGAAGACAGCUUUGACUUCAUAGGUGGCUUUGAUUCUUAUGGAUAUCAAGGGCCUCAGAAGACAUCUCAUUUACAACUACAACCAAUGUACAUGCAAAUUCCCUUGGAUAACAACUGAUAGCAAAUUCUAUAUCUCAGCAUCAAGUGAUAUGCUGAAUUGCAAGAGAAGAUCAAAAUAGAAAGUCAAAAUAACACAGAUGUCUUCUGUCUAUCAGUCCAUGGACUUCUCAAAUGACUUGUGCAGUGGCCUCCUGCCUUUUAUGAAGAGCAAGAAGCAAAUGAAUCUAAACACACACAUGUUAUAGACCUAACAGGAAGUUUCUACAUAGACGCAUGUGUGAAAACACACACACAUGCAAGGGUGUGCAUACACGCACACACACACACACACUCAUACACACACGGUCACUAUCACACACACAUACAUCAUCUCCACUGGACCUCCUCCAUCUGACUGAAACUGAGAAAUAUGCAGGACACUCCCAUCCUGGAUUUCCUUAAAGCGGGCUCCCUUUUCGCAGACCUUUGAAGGAAACAUGUUGUGGGUGCCCUCUGCAAACUGUUCCUUACUCCUCUGCAGCCCAACCUGUUGGCUCUGUGAGGUGCCAAGUUAGCCCAGGCACACUAGUUUGGAACCCCAUUUUCUGCACACCAUACCUUACAUCUUGAUAGCACCACAGCUACUUAGGCAACAUAAUUGCAAAAAAUAAAUAAAUAAACAACAACAACAACAAAAAACCAGACAGAACAUGCUGUGAUGACCUUGUACCAAAUGCAAAAUGGCAGGUUGUUUUUCCCUAAAGGCUAUACUGUACUUAACUUGCCUUAACCCACCUGAGUUGUGUGCCCGAGACUCUCAGUGCAGACACCCCCCAGUCACUUCCUUUAGGCCAACACACUGCUAUUAAUUCCAAACAAUUUGACUCUGUCUCAUGUCAAGGAACAAGACGGAAACUCUCAGCAGCUCCAGCGUGUCUGUGUAAGAGCAUGAUGCUUUACCACUGAGCCUCUUCAGUGGCCACAAAGAGACAAGUCCCGGUGGCAACCACAAGCUGUCAUCUUCAUGUCUCUUAAACUUCUGAUGUAGUUGGAGUGGAACCAAGUGAAAUAUAUUAAUCUACUAAACUCAUUAAUCUACUGAAAGUGGAGAUGGCUUGACUGGUUGGUUGCAUUUCUUGCACUCUGGGUGCUUUUCUAAGUAUCUACAAAUGGCUUUUCCUAACCCAGGAAAAAGCUGUGGAUUUCUAUGACAGAGGCCAACUGACUAUGUAUUAGCUAUGUUUACUCUUUUAUAUCCAAUUCAAAUCCAAGACCCAAUGUAGAUGAACUUUCUUUUCUAACUUCGUCGUACAAGAUUAUUUUUGGGGUGGGCGGGGGGAGCAAUAGUUAACUUAGUGAAAUCUUUGAGAUCUCUUUGUGGUAUUUGGGGGAUCUGUUGUGUGUUAGAGUGUAUUUCAAUCCUACUGUAUUAUUGUGACAGAAAAAAAACCUGUGCUGUUGACGUAGUUGGCAAUGAGAUGCCUUUGGGGAUAAUAGUAGGUCAAUGUGUUUAUGGGAUAUUCUGAACUCCUAGGAAAUUUAGUUCUAUAUUUUCAAGCACUGUUUGGUUUUCAUUAGUGGAAAACAUAAUUAGCUCAAGCUUAUCAGCAACACAGAUGAGUCAUGUUUUUCUUGGAUCCACUUGAGACACUAAAAUCAAGUUUUCUUUAACACAUCAUCUUGACGUGCAGUGAAAUUCAGACUGAGAAGUUAGACAUAGGCAUGGAGCAACUUUUUUUUGAUACAGUUUUGUUUACUGGAUUAACCCUUUUUGCAUCUUAACCCAUUUUCAGAUCACCCUAAGACAGGCCAGUUGAUAUCUUUGCACAGAUGUUUGUAAAACAUGGCCACAUACCCAUUUAAAACUGAUAAAGGAACUAAAAAUGACCAUUAGAAUAUAAACUACAUGCUCAAAAAGUUUUCAACAUUCACACUCAGAGUUUUCCUAGUGGCUUGUUUCUGUCAGUCCAUACCUACAUGCAUAAAGUAAACAGUUGCAUACAUGUCAGUGAAACCUCACAUGGUGUUUUUAUAGUGAUAUGCAUGUUUAAUGUUUGAGGAAAACUAUUCACCAAUGUACUGUUCUUUUAUUCCUAAAAUUAUAAAUACUAUACAUGCCAGAAGCUAUUCUAAUGUGACUAUUAAAAUGAGGUUUUACUGCCUUGCUACUGUGAUGGAAUUCCACCUUGUAGUACCUUGUAGUACAUGUGUAGGGAGGGAAUCAAAUAAGCCGUCAUGUUUCAUUUUAAGUUGCAGCCGACUCUCCACCAAAUCACAAUAUCAUCACCACCAAAUAUUUCAGAAACAGUUGUUGACUACUAAAGAGUAGUCAGAGGGCAAGCCUUUAUAGGAGCAGGAAGCACAGUAGUGUGGUUAACUCUAUCUGGGAAACAUCCAAGUUGUACAGCUGUAUCCUCCUCAAAAUCUGGUGAAGAAUGCUAUUUUUCUAGGCUGAGCUUUUGUUAUAAACCUAAUAUUCUGAAAGCAAGAGUUAAAAACCCUGAUCUGUCUUUUUUUUUCUUCCUCUCCUGCAUUUGUUAAUUCUGAAUGUAUUUUUAACAGAGUGAUUUUUUUGACUUACUAGUGUAAUUUGCAUUUUAAAAAUAAAUGGAAAAAAAAACA